CGCAACAAGAGGAAUUGUCAAAGAUCUCGACACAUCAUCUCGCAUUCAGGCCGAUGUUGAUGUGUUAUGGUAGACUGCUGAGGAUCUAAAGAGAAGAUUGCAUUUUUUUCUUCUUCUUGGGCGCAGUGAUGGAAGAACUUACCGCGUUUGUCUCCAAAUCUUUUGAUCAGAAAGUGAAGGAAAAGAAGGAAGUGAUCACGUACCGGGAGGUGCUGGAGACCGGCUCGGCGAGGAACAGGGAGAGUCUGUCGGUGGAACCGGUUCGCGAGGAGCUGAGCAGCAUCACGCGGGGCGGCGUGCGCUCAUCGCCGGCCACAGAAGCGGACAUGCUCGCGUCAGAGAGAACCAGAGACUCGAUCAGCCCCAAACUCACAGACGGUAACACAGAUAUGAAAGAACGCAAAGAGGAUUGUAAGCCGCUGGAGGAUGAGACACAGACUAAAAUCAAGCAGAGAAGGAGUCGGACUAACUUUACCCUUGAGCAGCUGAAUGAGCUGGAGAGACUGUUCGAUGAAACGCACUAUCCAGACGCCUUUAUGAGAGAGGAGCUGAGCCAGAGACUCGGGCUGUCGGAGGCCAGGGUACAGGUUUGGUUUCAGAACCGACGGGCCAAAUGCAGAAAGCAGGAAAAUCAGUUGCAUAAAGGAGUUCUCAUCGGAGCGGCGAGUCAGUUUGAAGCGUGUCGCGUCGCUCCAUAUGUCAACGUGGGAGCUCUGCGCAUGCCAUUCCAGCAGGAUAGUCAUUGCAACGUGCCGCCCUUCUCCUUUCAGGUGCAGGCGCAGCUGCAGCUGGACAGCGCCGUGGCCCACGCGCACCAUCACCUGCACUCGCACCUGGCGGCGCACGCGCCCUACAUGAUGUUUCCCGCCCCGCCGUUCGGGUUGCCCCUGGCGACGCUCGCGGCGGAAUCCGCCUCGGCAGCUUCGGUGGUGGCGGCGGCAGCCGCGGCAAAAAGCACCAACAAAAACUCGAGCAUCGCGGAUCUGAGACUGAAGGCGAAAAAGCACGCGGCGGCGCUGGGGCUGUGACGUCACUGAGCACCGAACGCGACGCUGAGGCAGAAACACAAACACAUUAUUUAUGUUUUCCUGUGAAGGACACGCGAGAGAAAAAGGAGAGGCUAUUUAUAAGAACACAAACUGUGAAGUGGACAAACUUUGCGUGGAUCUUUUCGCGGAUGGAGGGACAACUACAAAACGUUUGAAUGAACUACGAGAAAAUAAAAAAGUUGAACUUUUAGUGAACUUUUGCAGAAGACAAGAAGCUGAAUCUGAAUAUGAUGAUAUAAAGCAGCUGGGACGAUUGUUCGGCUGUUUGUGA